GUUUCCCACACCUCCGUGACAUACUACUGCCAGUGAUUACGCUCGAAGAACAUGGGCAAUGAUGCAUAUGAUCGAAUGUCUACAUUUUCAUACGAUGGAGAUGGCGAACCGGAUUCCUUUAGCCUUGCUGAAUUGCAAUCGGUUGUUGAUCUUUAUUUCUUGACAAGCUGCAAGCUGGAGAAACUGGCUGAAGGAGGUUAUCACAAGGUGUAUGAUAUCUUGCGAUUGGAUGGUACUCCUUUUGAGGCCGUCGUUCGAGUGGCCUCUCCUGCGUUUCCAAAGGACAAGCUUGAGUCGGAGGUCGCGACAUGCAAGAUGCUUGCUGCGUUCACAAAUAUACCUGUUCCACGAAUCUAUGCAUGGAACUCUGAUGCGUCGAAUCCUGUUGGGGCAGAAUACAUGAUCUUGGAUAAAAUUAAAGGGACCCCUGCUAGCAAUAACUGGGGAAAUCUCUCCGAAGAGGUCAAGAAGACCGUAGUGUCACAGGUUGCGCGCUAUUUCUUGGAGAUAUUCUCUCUUCGAUUUGAAAGCUCAGGAUCUCUCUACUUGAGUCCUCUUUCACCUCAAUUCCUCGUUGGACCAAUAAUCAGCACGCCGUUCUACCGUGCUCUCGACGGCGUUGUCCGAGUUCCCGACGCGCCCAUCUCAAAAAACGUCGAUCCCAACAGAGGUCCAUUUUCUACCGUAACUGAAUAUCUUUCGAGCAAUCUACGAGCAGAACUCGAAUUCAUCUCUAAUCAGCCGUUCCACCCAGAGAGCCGACUUGAACUUGGGGAGCGUGUUAUGAGAAAGGCUAUUGAGUUGUGCUCUGUCUAUCCCGGUGAUACGUUGAUACCUGCCAACAUCAGCACUCCACAAAGACCAUUUUCCUUAAAAUUGGACGACUUCCGUUUAUCAAAUGUCAUGAUCGAUACCGAUUCAGGUCGAGUAACUGGCUUUAUCGACUUUGAAGCAGCCACCGUUGCGCCUCUAUGGGAAUGCGCAGUGAUCCCGCGAUGGCUGCAAGAUGCGGAUGACCCAGAAUCCAGUUACGAAGGCGGAACCAGUGAAGAAAGAAAUGUUUUGCGUGCUGCUUUUCUUUCAGCGAUGGAAGGGUCUGCCCGAUACCCAGAGUGGAGAGAGGCGUAUGACAUGGGUCGUCCUUUCCGUCGGCUUACGGACCAGUUGUACUUCCAGGUAAACGUCUGGGCUUCUAACGAUUGUGAAAUCUGGGUGGACGAACGUCUCGAAUGGGCCAAAACCCACCCCGGGAUUGGGUUGCCUGAAACAGACGAACCCCAAAUUGACACCUCGUAACUCCUCAAUCUGAAUACUUAGCUCAAUUGUUGACAGUACUAGAGUUGCAACUGUGCUGUUGUGCUACAGCGUUGUUACGAGCAUUUGAAAGUAGUAAUAACACGGGAACUAUAACAUGCUA